AUGGCCGCCGUGGUCAUUGAGCCUCUGCCACCACCGCCAUCGCCAUCACCACCGGCACCGUCGGCGGCGCCGACGGUGGCAGUAGUAGCAGCAGCAGAAAAUGCACCUCCCCGAAAGACUUUCUACCGCCGAUACCUGUUCGUGUUCUUCCUCGCCAUAGGCGGACCCAUCGCAGCCGGCGCCUUCGCCAUGUCGCUCCCCAAGGACAAGGACUCGAGCAGACGCGACUACAUUAUCCUGGGCGCUCUAAGCGGACCUGUUUUCUGGUGGGGGAAGACGGUAGCGCAGAGGGUGACCGGUGAGUGGGGAGGUGAUCGGGAAUGGCGUGAUUUCUGGUCGGAGGUUUUUAUACUGGGCUACGCUUACAUAGUCGGGUUGAUGUACGCCAUUCUGCUGACCAAGACGUACAGGCCUUGA